UUGUCGUAUAGUAUGAGUGUAUGUAUGACUCAAUACAAGCCAUUUAUGUAUAGCUUUAUAACAAAACACAUGAACUCUAAUAUUAUUACAAUCAAUGAAACAACUGUUUGUAUCAACUCUUCAAUUAUCACUAAUUUGAUUCACUUUACAUAUCAACACAUCAACAGUUGACAACAUAGACUAUCACUUCAAUGGUUGACAGACUCGUCAAUAGUGAGGCCAAUGCUCGGCGUAUACAACACGUGGAGAACUGCUUCGGCAUCUCAGGAGUGCCUUUGGCAAUACCUGGACGUGUACUCGUAGGAGAGGGAAUUUUAACAAAAAGUUGUCGCAAAAAGUUGAAACCACGUCAGGUAUUCCUCUUCAAUGAUAUUCUUGUCUACGGAAGUAUAAUCAUAAAUAAGAAGAAAUACAAUCGUCAACACAUUAUUCCUCUGGAAAAUGUCAAACUUGAGAAUCUUCCCGAUGAGGACAAUCUCAAGUAUGGUUGGCUUAUUAAGACACCGACCAAAUCAUUUGCUGUAUACGCAGCCACAGGCACUGAAAAAGUUGAAUGGAUGGCACACAUCAAUAAAUGUGUAGAAGAACUCAUCAACAGAACUGGUAAUCGUCCGGCGUCUGAACACGCGGCGGUUUGGAAACCCGAUAGUGCGACCACUUUUUGUAUGCAUUGUAGAAAAUCUCAGUUUACUGUCAUUAACAGAAGGCAUCAUUGUCGUAGUUGUGGUGAUGUUGUUUGUGGCCACUGCUCGAAAAACAAGUUUCUUAUACCGAAUCAGUCCUCAAAACCAGUUCGUGUCUGUAACGGUUGUUUUGAUAAAUUGGGAAAACAAAGAACUAGUAGUAUAAGAGAUAAUACAUACAAUUAUAGCGAUAAAGUUAACGCUAAUACACAAAGUGCUGGUAUUGUUAAGUUACCGCAAAUGGAUAAUAAAACUGUAGACAUAAAUGAGUCUUCAGAGUCGGAGGACGACGAAACUCGACAAAAUAGAACUGAAGACGAUUUAACUCGAAGUCUUGAAGACCUUACCAUCGAUGAGAGACCGACAUUUUACAGUUCAUUCACUACGGGUGAAGACGAUAAACGUAUCAGCGCUUGAAUUAAGCGCACAAUUUAAUUAAAACAUACUUAUUAUGAGAUUUAUAAGUGCCUUAA